AUGAGUGACGUGGUGCCUCCCACAGCUCUCAGUGAAGUCCAGCUACGAUUCCUGUGCCACGAUGACAUAGACAGUGUCAAACUGCUCUGUGGUGAUUGGUUCCCAAUCGAGUACCCAGACUCAUGGUACCAGGACAUCACCUCGAACAAAAAGUUCUUCUCCCUUGCUGCCACCUUCAGAGGAGGCAUUGUGGGAAUGAUAGUGGCCGAGAUCAAAAGUCGGACCAAAGUGCAUAAAGAGGAUGGAGAUGUCCUUGCUUCUAGUUUUCCUGUGGACACACAGGUAGCCUACAUCCUCAGCCUGGGAGUGGUCAAAGAGUUCAGGAAACAUGGCAUAGGCUCCUUACUGCUGGACAGUCUGAAGGAGCACAUUUCUACAACAGCCCAGGACCACUGCAAAGCAAUCUACCUGCAUGUUCUCACCACCAAUAACACUGCCAUCCAUUUCUAUGAGAACAGGGACUUCAAGCAACACCACUACCUGCCCUACUACUACUCCAUACGUGGCGUCCUGAAAGAUGGAUUCACAUACGUCCUCUAUAUCAACGGGGGUCAUCCCCCUUGGACAAUAUUUGAUUAUAUCCAGCACAUUGGUUCAGCCCUAGCCAACCUGAGUCCCUGCUCUAUCCCACAGAGAUUGUAUCGACAGGCCCAGUCUCUGCUGCGAUCUCUGCUACCGUGGUCCAACAUCGCCUCCAAGACUGGCAUACAGUACAGCCGAACAAUGUGA